UACUAGUAAGUAAAAAAUGAAAUGGGAAAUGGAAGAAUUUUAACUAGCUUAUUGUUUAAAAUUUAAUAAUAAUGUAUGAAGUGAAGGCUCUCUUUCUAACGUAAUGGCGAAGAAGAAGGGAAGGCCAAAGAAAGCUAAUGGAUCUGGGAAUACGCAGGGGGAGAAUCGGGAAUCACCUAAUAACAACAACAUUGUACAGAAUUUGAAGAACACCUGUAAGGAUUCUCCGGAAACCAGUGGAUCGGAGCUCAAUGAUGAAAACCCUAAGACUACACCGGAAGAAAAUGGCGUACAGGAGAAGGAUCUCAAGGAGCAAUCACCGAAAUCGUAUGCAGAAGCGAAUUUGAAGAACACCUGUAAGGAUUCUCCGGAAACCAGUGGAUCGGAGCUCAAUGAUGAAAACCCUAAGACUACACCGGAAGAAAAUGGCGUACAGGAGAAGGAUCUCAAGGAGCAAUCACCGAAAUCGUAUGCAGAAGCGGUGGGAUUUCCGGAACUGAUUGAACUAGAUCUGAAAUUUGUACAAUCGGAAGAGGUGAAUGGCAUUCAGGUGGCGAAAUUUACCAAGGAUGAUGUUGUGGAACAAUCAAGGAAUUUCCUAUGGGGAGCUUCACCUAUGUAUAGAAAAUGCCCUCUUGUUGCGUGGGAUGAAGUCUGCCAACCAAAGAGAAAUGGGGGAUUAGGUCUUAUAAACCUAAUCCACUGGAACAAAGCGUGUGCAAUGCAACUGAUAUGGGAUAUAGCCAACAAAAAGGAUAUUUUGUGGGUGCAGGAACUGAAGGAGAUAGAGGAGAUGCUGGCUAGAUGCAAAAGCAAGGAGAGAAACCUGAGGGCUGCCACCUUCAACGCGUGUUGUUAUGCAAAUUGGAGAGUAAGAAACCAAAUCAUACAUGGGAAGGAAGCAAUGUCUACUGGGAAGUGUAUUGAUUAUAUAAAGUACCAUGUAGCUAUCUAUAUAUUGCCCAAAAAUAGGUAGUCUAAUUGUAUGGGAAGUAGAGGUAAUUGUUGUUUAGCAAAACUUUGUAUGUUUGAUUGUGGAUUAAUAUUUGCACUCUGUUCAAAAAAAAAAUUUAAUAAUAAUGUCAAGGAAAAAAAACUUAUAUACAAAGAACAUGGAAGAAUUAUAUCCGUAACAAAAGAUUCUUGUUCUU